AUGGGUGAUUCGAGGCGGAUUAGGCUGAGUUUCGGAGGGAGGACCUUCGGCGGCGCUGGUGGCAGCGGUGGAGGCGGCGGCGGCGGCGAUGGCGGAGACGAGAUCGAGGGUUAUGGUGCUCGACAUGCAAUAUCACGACGUCUGAAUGCGUCUGUUAGGAGACAGACAUCUCGAUCUUCACCGGUUCAGCCCGAGCAGCAGCAAUACGGGUCUACUAGUGGUUGGUCGAGAGACCAACAGUCUGGUAGUAGUCGGCCCUUGUACUCUGCAAGUGGAGCACCCAUAUCUGACGAGGAAGACGAAUGUUCGGCUAGUCAUGCUGGUGACCGGGAUGAAGAACAAGACCCUCAGGAUUUCCAUAUGGUAUAUAGGGGUCAGUUUGGGAGAUUUGUUGGUAGUGGGUCGAGUCAGCCUACUUCCAGCUCUGCAGAGGCAUGGUUAGUGUAG